GUUUGGCCUCUGACAUUGCCCUUCUGCAUUGGGAGGUGCUAAGCCCUGCAUGCCCAUGGUCUCUCUUAAAAAGAUGUGGCUGGGUUAUUACCAUUUAUAUAAUCCAUCUGUCUCUUCUUAAGAAUUGCUCCUGUCUUUGCCCUUCUCCCAAGGACACACGACCAGCAAAACUAUGUGCAACAAAUUUGUGGGAAGCUGGAAACUCAUCUCUAGUGAAAAUUUUGAUGAUUACAUGAAAGAAUUGGGAGUGGGAUUGGCAACUAGGAAACUUGGUAACUUGGCAAAACCUAAAACCAUCAUCAGCAUGAAGGGUGAUGAGGUCACAAUCAGAACAGAAAGUACCUUUAAAAAUACACAGAUCACAUUUAGGUUGGGUCAAGAAUUUCAAGAAACCACAGCAGAUGGCAGAAAAACCAAGACUGUGGUAACCUUAGAAAAAGGAGCACUGGUUCAAGUGCAGAAAUGGAAUGGCAAGGACUCAACAAUAAAGAGGAAAUUAGUUGAUGGAAGAAUGGUGGUGGAAUGCAUCAUGAAAGGUGCCAUAUGUACAAGAGUUUAUGAGAAAAUGUAACAAAACUUGAAGUUUAUACCAGAUGAGACCAGUUCUCCACAUCAUUUCCUUGAAUGGCCGAGGAAUUGCCAUUUCUGUUCAUCUUUUCCUUUUUUGCCUUUUACUGGAGAGCAACUAAACUAUAAGUAUUCAUUUAAAAAUUUAAGAAAGUAGAUCACAUUUGAGACUAAAUAAAUGCUUACCAUUGUAUAACAUGUAAUUUCAGUAAAAUUAAAUGGUUUCAUCUAGCCUUCCUGAAUAUUUUGUUAA